UCACAAUGAAGAAAAUAAGUACAUUUUUAAAGUUUUCCGUACUUUCAAUCUUAUUGACAGCUCAGGCUGGUAGUUUGGCCGGAAAAUUUGCUGUUUUGGAAGAGCAAUGGAAACAAUCGGGUCAAUCGGUUUUCGAUUACUGUGAAGGGUUGUAUUAUUCAUCGGAGACACCACAAAAGACACUUUGUGAAAUUUACAAACUGGAAGCAAACGACAACACCAUUAAUGGAAGCGACUACAUCGAAUGCAAUUUCCGGCUUUUGAAAUUUUUUAACAAUGAAGGGAGAAUCAACAGUGCUAAAAUCAUCGAAGGUUUUCAUGCCUUCGGAAUACUGGAUAAAGAUUUGAACGUUACUAACACCGUUAGCGAUUGUGGAGAAGAGCUCCAAUCGGAAAAGCCGAUUGACUACUACACAUGUUUUCUCAUCAAUCACGAUCUAAACACCAACUUUGCUGAAGUUUUCAAAGCUAAUGGAGUACGUCCACAUAAUGCUGGGGAUAGUUAUGAUAAUCAGGCUGCAGUCGAUAAAUAUAAUCAGAAAGCAAAAGAUUGCUCUUCUGAUACUACAGAAGUGAACUAAAAAUACAACACGUGUAGUUGAAGAAUUUCAAAAAUGUUAAUAGGUAAGUGACGAGCUCACCUAUUGCUAACAAUAAACACAAACAUUUGAGACGGA